ACAAACAAUCUGAAUGACGUAACUCCAAACGCUAUAAACCAUCCUAUAAACUAAAAAUUAUUACAAAUGGCCGCUAUCUGUGAGUUAUUUAUUUUGAGAUGAAAUUCGUACCUUAUGAUUUUUGAUACUUUAUGACUGAUAGUUGCAACAUAUUUGAAGAAAGCUUUCUAAUUAGAAUUGAAUGAUUUUGUUCAGCUUCUAGAGAUAAUGGAUACACCAGAGAAUAGUGCCCAAGUAAUUGAUGAGAGCAAUUGUCAAGUGCCAUUCGCAGAACACAAUACAAAAAGGGAUUCAGCAAUUCAGGACGACAAUGAAAUUCAGAAUGUAACAACCCAUGAGAGCUCUGAUAAUAUUUUCAAUGUUCCACUUCAAACGCCAAGAGAAUAUGAAAAUCAACUUGUAAUAAAUGAAGAUAUAGCUACUUCAGAUCAAAUAAAUGUUUCUUUAUUGUCAAUGGAACCAUUAAUAGAAGCCAAAGGAUCUGGAGAUACUCAAAGUAAUCAAGAAGGAAUUACUUUAGUUCAAGAUAACUCUUCAGAACUUGAAACUAUUUCUAUCGAUAGUGGAAGUGUAGAACAGUUGAUAGCUACAACAUUGAGUGAAGUUAUUAGUUGUGAAAAUGACACAGUAACAACUGCUUGUGCCAUACAAUCGGCACCCGAUAAUAUUAACAAUAUAAGUGAUUUGUCUUGUUCAUUGGUUGAAUCUUGUGCAGAUGCUAGUGGAGAUUCUGAAGUUAGUGCUCCAUUGAAACUGGAAGGAAACGCGUUAGAUUCUAAUAACUCUGAAUUGGAUGAAUCAUUACCAUCAUUCAUUGGUGAAAUUGACGAGUCUGUAAGUUUACCACCAGCUGAACCUUUGAUUCUAGAGGAAAAUAGUUCAUCUCGCAGUGGUCCUGAUGAAGAUAAAGAAAUUGUUUCAAGAAAACUGGUGGUAAAUGAGAAUAUUGUAGAUGAUAUAGUCAAUGUUAAAACUAAUGAUAAGAAUAUAACUAAGGAUGAAACUAUACAUGAAGAUUCCACAGUAAAUAUAACUAAUACAGAUGAUGAAAAGGGCUCAGAGAAUGUUAGCAAUAUAGAUAACAAACCCCUCACUGAAAAUAUAUCAUUGAAUGAAAUUGUUCCAGAAAAAGUAACUCUUAAUGAAAUUGAAUUAACAGAAGCACCACAAACUGAAAUAGUAACAAGUGAAUCAAAUAUUCACUACACUAUUUUACCCCCUGGAGAGAACUCAGUUUAUCAAGAAGAUGGUACACUUGUUGUGGAAUAUCCUUUAGAUACAACAGCAAUAAGUCAUAAUCAAACAUCUGAUGUAAAUGAAUUUAUCGAAACACAUAAAAUUGGUAUUACUGAAUCCACUGUCUCUGGUGAGCAUGAGGUUGUUCAAAUUGUGGAAAAUCUAAAUGAAGGGAAUUUUAUAGAGAUGAUAGAAACUCAUGAAGAUGGCAGCCUUUCUACUGAAACAGUAACCCCAGAAGAUGCUUCAGAAAAGAAGCACUCUAUUGAAAAUAGUACAAAGGAAAAGAAACAGGUUAAUUCUGAGGCAGUUCAACCUAAAAGAAAAGGUCGUAGACCUAUAGAAGGUAUUCCUCCACAUAUGGUAGGUCAUCCCAUUGAUAAGCCUGAUCAGGAUGCUGUUAAUGGCAAAGCCUUAAAACCUAGAUUAGGUGUUAAGAUUCCUUACAGAAAAUUAGCCAGUCAAAUUGUUUCUACUUCUGAAUUACAAAAUCACAUAGUUGAACGUGCUAGGUUGAAAGAAGAAGCUCGCACAGAAUCGGAUAAAACUAACUUGUUUACAAAAAAACUGACACAUAGAUUGGCUCAAAGUCUUUCUGGAUUAACUAAUAGAGAUUCAUUAGAAAGAAAGGGUAAUAAAGCAGAUAACAAAAAAGGUGCUGAAGAUAUACAUAUAAUUGAAAAUAUUUUGACUGCUAUACCAUCAAGAACAAAUGAAAAUUCAACUGAACAACCAACAAAUCCUAUUGAAUUUGUUGAACAGAUUGUGAAUGAAGAUACUGGGAUGUUAGAAAACGUUUCAGAGAAGUUGGGGGAAGAGGAAGUUACUGUAUCUUCAUGUGAAUCAAUAGAAAAUGCUGAAAUUAUCUUUGCAGGUAAUAUGAAAAAUUCCACAAAUAUUGAAAGUAAUUCUGAUCUUAUUGCUAUUCUUGAGGGUGAUGGAGAUGAAAGCUCUCCAAUAGCUCCAAUGAGUGUACCUAAUGUUGUGGAAAUUGUGGAUACUUCAGAAAAUGCUUCAGAAAUUAGGGCAAUUGAAAAGGAAAUUUCUCUUACUGAACAAAAGAGUUCAAUUCCUGCAGUACCCCAAGUGAAAGAAAAGAAGUUCUUCAAAAGUAGAGAUUCUAGAAUACCUGAUGUUUCCAAGGAUAAAACUAAAGAGUCUGUUACUAAAGUUAAACCUAAUUUGAUAACUGAAAUAUCUAAAACAAAAAUUUCAUCUGUCAAAAAUGAAGAGGCAAUCAAAACUAACAUAUUUGAUAUUGAGAGUACAUCAGUUUUGAAGGGCGCAGCUAAAGGUGCUGAAUUGAAAAAAGUUCCGCUGAAUGAUCAGGAAAAGGCUUCUUCUGAUUUCAAGAAGAAAAGUACAGCAACUGUGAUUGAGGUAGAGCCACAACUCAAACCAGCCAUGGUUUUGAAAACCUACACUCGGAAACGUAAAUCCAAUGAUGUUAGUACACCAGAGCCACCAAAGAAGCCUCUCAUUAUGCCAUCAUCUUCAACAAAUCAAUCGGAUGUUAAGAUUGAUUGUGUUACACCAAUUCCGCCAAAUGUUUAUGUCACCAAAAGUUCUAGAGUAAUCAAGAGGAAGGUUAUCUGGGAUCCUGAUGAAGCAAUGCCAUCUGUGAGAAACCAGUCUAAGAUUCUCAGCAAAAUUGAAGCUACUGUAAAGACUGCAACACCCCCAAAAAUUACAGGAUCUCAGAAAUCGACAUCUGUAAAAACUGUGGAAAAAAAAAUUUCUGAGAAAGAAAAACAUGUUGAUCAAUCUAAAAUUACCAAAUUGAAUGAAAAAAAAGUAGUUAAUACCACUCUGAAUGAAAAUGAUGAUAUUGUCGAGAAGCAAACUGUAAAGAAACCAGAGAAGCCAGAAUUAACAAAAAAAUCUAUUGUCAAGAAUCCUAUUGCUGAUAAAGCUAUACCUCAAAAAAAAGUUAUUAUAACAUCUUCUAUGAAAAUUUCACCUGGGAAAAGUCCAAAGAAAUCUACCAAAAGGUUGAGUGAAAUAGACAAACUUCUUAUGGAUGAAGGUGCUGUUAAUAUGCUCUAUGACAUAAACAAUUCUGAUGAUCAGAAAAGAAGGGUUAGUGGAAGAUCAGGUAAUACACCAACAGAUAAAGCACAAACUCAAAAAGAACUUCUGAACAGAACACAAGAAAUUAAAAAUGAGUUGACUCAAGGCUCAAGUGUCAUAACAUCAACACCCAAAAUUUUACGUAAAAAGGAAGGACCUCCUUCUGUAAAGAAAGAUAAGGAGGCUAAGGAAUUAUCCACAAUUUCACGGAAAAUGUCAAAAGACUCUACAAAAAGCUCAACACACAGUGCCCCCCCUUCACCUGCUGAAGCUUCAAGAAUUAUCAGAAGACAUUCAAGUAGUUCAUUCUCCAGUGACGAUGGAUUGGUACAAGAUGAAUCAAUGGAUUCAACUGUUGAACAGGUGGAUGAAAAACAAAAUAAAAAGAAGGAGAUCUCUGUUGAAAAAUCUAGUACAACUAUGGAUGAAAAUCCACAGGAAGAACAGAAUAAAGGAAAAAUAACCAAAAAGAGGGCAGCACCCACACAGGAAGGAUUACCGAAAAAAAGAUUGAAGAAAGACGAGCCUGUAUUACCUAAUGGUGAACCCUCAAAACCCACAGAAAUUGUUAUAAAGUCAGAGCCUGGUAUUGUGACUGGUGCAUUGAUGACAGAUCCCACUAAGGCAUUCACUGUUAUAAAAAUGAACAAACAUUAUUGUAUUAAUCUCACUUAUUCUGGAAAUGAAAGCUACUUAACUGUACAGCUUUUGAAAGAUUUGACUGUGACCCUCAGAGAACUUGAGAGAACUAGAAAUUGCAGUGUUGUUUCAAUCAAUUCACAAAGCUCUACAUUUUGUUUGGGAAUUGAUUACAAGCAAUUAGUGGAAUCAGAUGAUGAGUUAAGAAGCAAGAAGAUAAAGGAAUUAUCACUGGGUAUAAGGGAAUUCCUGAAGUGCCUUUUGAAUUUCUCCAAAAUAAUUGUGGCAGGGGUGAAGGGUGAUUGUAUUGGAUUAGGAGUUACUAUGUUACCUCUGUUCGAUAUGGUAGUUGCGACUGAUACUGCCAGUUUUUCUACUCCUUAUGCUAAAGUGGGAUGUCCUCCAGAAGCAGGAUUUCUUUUAUCGAUACCAUAUCAUUCCAAUCAUGCUUUGGCUUCUGAAUUAUUGUACACCGCACAAAAGAUGAAUGCUGAUGAAGCCCAAAGACGAGGUUUAGUUACAAAGUUGUUCUGGCCAGAAAAAUUUGACUCUGAAUUCAGAGCCUUAUUAUCACAUAUCUCCAACUUAUCCAAACCUGCAUUGAUGGUGACCAAAAAGCAACUGAGGCAGGCCUACAAUAAUACAGAAAACGAAAUUAUAAAUAACUCCAAAUUAUUAAUGAAAUUUUGGGGCAACGAAGAGUGUCAAAACAAUUUUUCGAACUAUGAUGCGCUCGCAUUCAUCGAUCAAUAGUUGAUAAUCUAAAAAUCUCUAAUUUUGAUCAACAGUGGUACAAAUUAUUCUUGUUUGAAAAUUGAAUUGGUGUGAAUUAUGCUGGAUGAAGAUUUUUUAGUCAAAUUGUGAGAGAAAAUUUGUUGAAUUUAUUCUUGUAUGGAACUGUUUUUCUUCUUUUUUUCUUAUAUGUAUAUGUACAUAUAUAUAUAUCAAAAAAGAUCAUUGGUUAUAUUUUUGAUCCUCUUGGUUCAAUGAACUCGUUCACGGAAACAUGAAAUAUAGAUGUUUGUUCAAUGUCAAUUCCCGUUUGAAGUCUUAUCAUUGCAAUUAAACCCUUGCGUAUGAAGGCAAACAACCUCUUUAAUUUUCAUAUAAAAUGAGAAUUACAUAUGAGAAUUAUUUUUUUAUUCAUACUAAACUAUUUUGGUUUUGAAGACAUUUAGACAUUUGUACCGAGUUAACAUGAUAAUUAUUCAGAAAAUUAUAAAGAUUAAUUUAUUGUUCCUCUAAUAUUUCAUAUUCAAAUAUGGAAUUUAGUGAUCCUUCUGCUCUUAACUUAUACAGUUCAAAAGAGUAGUGAUGUGGUGUAUUUUUGAAAGGUAAUUUUCUGAAGACUAUAUUUAAAAAUUCUUAUCGGCUGACCUCAUAUGUAUGUACAUUGAAUUGUUAUAUAUAAUUUAAAGAUUAGUAAGCAGAUCUUUCUAAUCAACUUUUAAUAAAUCGAUAGAGAUUUUAUUUCAUGACUGCAAUAAACUAUUUCAUUUUUGUUGUUAAUUAUUUUUUUCUCACAAAUAAAUUGGGAACUUCCCAACAGAUAUAUGAGGAACCUAGAAUUUGCUCAAUAUUUGACUAAGAAAUCUUCAAACAAAAAUUUAAUUAAAUCAACAUAAGGAAUAAAAUGGGGAAAAUUUAUUCGAAAAUUAUUUUUUAUAUUUUCAUAAAAUUAGUUCAUAAGCGAAUCCUUAAUUGGGAUGUCCAUUAAACGUUUAAAGAACAGUAGUGUGUAAAGUUGUGAAUUAUCAAUUGAUGUCAAAUGUCGAUUGUGUUUGCAUAACAAAAUACCCUCAUGGAAUCAAUGAUGCUAUAAAAAAAACUAUUAAAAAUAUGUUCCAGGCUUAUCAGUAGCGAGGCAUCCUAUAAGUGUUAAAAUGUCCACUAUUUUUUAUGUAACCAUAGAUAAAAAUUUCUGUUACUUGAACAGCCCAGUAUAAUUAUAAUUUUAUUAAAUUUAACUCGUUCAACAUAUAAUUUUUUUGAUACUGUCAUAGUUCAAACUGUUGGUCUGGUACAUUAAAUUGAAGAAUUCUUGAAGAUAUUUAGUUAUGCUUUUGUAUUUCUUCAAAAGAUAUGUACAUAUUGAAACUGUUCAGAAUUACAGAAAUGUGUUUUAUUCACAUUAUUUUGAAGAAAUAUGAAGUUUGGCCUUUGAUCCAAAGAUUGGUGCAAUUCUUUCAUAGAUGUAAAUUAUAUAUGAUAUUGUUCAAAUUGAACGUUUAUUAGAUUUUAUUAAAGCCAUUUUGAGUAAUAUCAAUUCAAAUGUUUUUAUAUGAAUUAUUCGCAUUUUUUGAGAACUCUUAAUAUAUCAUUCUUUGCAGUUAAUAUUUAAAUAUAUGUAAUAAAUUGUAAAUAACUCCAGAUUAGGGGUAAAUUAAAAUUUGUGGAUUAAUUUUUGAAGUGAAUAGUUUAGGUACAUUUGAAUUUGAUGUAUUAAAAAUGGAGAUGUAUUCUUCGAAAAAUGUGAAUAAUUCCAGAAGAAUUAUAUAAACAAAAAUGGAGAUAUAUUUGAAUUUAGAAUUUAUUCAUUCUGAGUCAAUAGUUUUUGAUUAAUUUGGUUAUCGCUUUUUGAUAUUCUGACUGAUUUUUGAGGGUAAUGGUCUUCUAAUGAUUAUGUUUUAAUAGGUUUGUUAACUAAUAGCAUAAUUAGACAAAAAUCGUUCAUUUAGCUUAUUCACCUCUGACGAAGAUGUUCAGAGUGGUGCACAUCUCUGUGUUUAUUUUAUUCGAAUUUAUAUACAUUUAACAUGAGUUUUAAAGCUAGUUAUAAAUAUAUUUGCAUUAUUUUAAGAGGUAGAAAUAAUAUUUUAUUGUUUGUUUAUUAUCAUUAAAUGUUUCUCUAUACAA